AGGAGAUGGCUUUCUACUCUGAGGACGACAAGAGCGAAGACUACCUCUUUAAGAUAGUUCUAAUCGGUGAUUCUGCAGUUGGGAAAUCAAAUUUGCUUGCCAGAUUUGCGAGGGAUGAGUUCUAUCCCAAUUCAAAGUCGACCAUUGGAGUGGAGUUUCAGACGCAGAAGAUGGAUAUCAACGGAAAGGAGAUCAAAGCACAGAUAUGGGACACAGCAGGUCAAGAACGCUUCAGAGCAGUCACUUCUGCGUACUACCGAGGUGCAGUUGGAGCUCUUCUGGUUUACGACAUCAGCAGACGGCAGACUUUCCACAGCAUUGGUAGAUGGCUCAACGAGCUACACA